UUAUUAUAGUAUACCUUUUAUUAAGUGCACAAACUGCUUUAUUUCAGACUGUUCCUCAAUUUGAUCUGCCACACGUUCACUUCUAUUCUCAAAAUGUUUGAAGCAAGACUUCCACAAGGAAAUGUACUCAAAAAGGUUCUUGAAGCCAUCAAAGACUUGGUGCCUAAUGCUAACUGGGAUUGCGGAAGUAAUGGUUUAACUGUGCAAGCCAUGGAUAGUAGUCACGUCAGUUUAGUGUCACUGUCAAUGAGUGCUGAUGGCUUUGAGCCUUACAGGUGUGAUAGGAACAUUACUCUCGGCAUGGACACCAGUACACUGUCAAAAAUUCUUAAAUGUGCAAGCAAUGAUGACAGCAUCACAAUCAGAGCUGAAGAUUCUGGUGAUACAGUGUCGUUUGUCUUUGAAAGCCCAAACCAAGAUAGAGUCUGUGAAUACAACAUGAAACUCAUGGAUAUUGACAGUGAGCAUUUAGGAAUACCAGACCAAGAGUACGAUGCUGUUGUGACAAUGCCCUCAUCAGAGUUCCAGAGAAUAUGCCGUGACCUGACUCAGAUUGGUGACUCAGUAAAAAUCCACUGCACAAAGGAAGGUGUGAAGUUCUCAGCCAGUGGAGACCUUGGUGAUGGAAAUGUCCUCCUUAAACAAAGUUCCAGUGUUGACAAAGAAGAGGAACAGGUCUGAAUUCUGUUUUAGUCAUCCUUAUUUUCAACUACAUGUAACUGUACUAAUAACUUCAAGGCUUCUUUUUAAGGCUUUUUUGUGAGCUUGUUUUUGGUGCCAGGGAGGGUUGCAUUUCAAAAUUGUUAGGGUUUAUUUGGAAGAGACUUUGUACAAUGUAUGUCAAAAAUUUAAAUGUGCUUGUGAGAAUACCACUUGGUAUAACACUAACGAUAAUGA